UCAGUUGGGCUUGCAGUUGCAGUUAUUUACAACUAAUAUUUAUAGUUUUCACCCUAACAAAUAACUAUAUAUAAAAAUAAAAAUAAAAAGCCCAAUAAAUAUAAUAAACGCAGGUCCCACACUUAUUUUUCCUCUGAAACUAACGCUUUCUGUUUCUGUUUCACCCCUCUUUCUUCCACCGGAGUCACAACCGUUGAUUCUUUCUGGGCCCAUAACGUCCGUUGAUCUUGCGGUAAACCAAAGAAAGAAUAAAGAUGGUGUGGUACGAAAGGUGAGGGGAAUGCCGUCGGCGGCGAAGAUUCACCAAGUAUUGGAGAUCAACUUGAUCUCUGCGCAGGGCAUGAAGCCGCCUUCGUCUCCACGGCGGAGGCUCCAAACCUACGCCGUCACGUGGAUCGACCCCGCCACCAAGCUCCGAACACGCGUCGACAAGCUCGGCGGCCACAACCCUACCUGGAACGACAAGUUCCUCUUCGGCGUCACAAAGGACUUUCUCGCCGGCGACACCUCCAGCGUCUGCGUCGCCAUCUACGCCGUCGGCACCUUCCGCCACCACCUUGUCGGCACCGUGCGCUUCCUCAUCAGCAACAUGUUCUCCCCCGACGCCGACGACGCCACGCCCUGCUUCAGCGCCUUCCAGAUCCGGCGCCCGUCGGGGAGGUUCCACGGGGUCAUGAACAUCGGCGCCAUGGUGAUGGACGGCUCCGGCUUCCCCGCGCUGGAGAAGAUCUCAGCGCUAGGCUACCGCGACCUCAUGGGAGAGAAGAUACACCAGCGCCGGAGGAGAAACCGAAGGAAGAGGAAAUGCUGUCGAGUGAAUCUUGGGAGAAUUUUUGCACGGAGGAAGGGGAAGGGGAGUCUUGGACGGCGUCGUCUUCGUCGUCGCCGAGAACGACGGCGGCGUUGAAGGAUUGGAACGGAUUGAGGGAAUUGGCGGGAAAUAAAGGGUUGGCAAUGUCGGCUUCGGGAUUCUUGUGCUGUUUGGUAACUCAAAGAAGUGUUCACCAACCCAUCAUCACACUCUAAUAAUGUCAUGGACGGUGGAGAUCGCUGCUCACUCAUCUUUCUCUCCCUGUUGAUGUGUAGUAUCCUAUGCUCCCUUUCUCAAUUCCAACGCAAAAUUUAGAAGGAAAAAUUAUAUUCUUUGGAGUUUGUUAAUUUGUAUUUUGCCCCCAUAAAUUGGUAGUGGGAAGUAUGAGGUUUACAAUGUUUAUGUAAAAAAAAAAAAAAAAGAGGAUUAGAAUGGUGAAGUUGAUUUUUAAUGCGGGUUGAGGAAA